UACUACUUACUCGUUUUGAAUACGGCGCAAUCUUUCGUGUACAUCAGGAAGUGCCACAGUUGGAGAUUUCUGUGAAGUUUUGUAUUUAAGAAGGGAUGUAUUACAUUAACGCAUGGCAAAGUCAUUGAAAUGGCUGUUACAUGGGCUGAAUUACCGACUGAAUUAUGGAAGCCCGUUUGAGGGUUGCAAUAAAGAGGGCGUAUUGAUUGAAUGUGGCUUGUAGUUGCCUGGCCGGCUAACUUGCCUAGCUACCUAGCUCAUUUUGUGACACUUCAAGUCACUUGCAAAACCUGUUUUCAGUUCCAGACGAAGGUCUAGCUAGACCAACCUAUUGCAGAAAAGGCCUUUGUACGGGCUGUGAGAAUGAAUGGACGGCUGUGUUUAUGAACGAUAGGUAGCUGACGUUAGCUAACUUUGUAAUAGCCAUAUCUUCCGGAUCCCUGCACCAGUUUUCCUCGACUUUGUAAACCUGCGUAACCAGGUACAAUGGCUACCACCCACCUGAAGUACUUAUCUCUAGGUGUGCUGGUGUUCCAGACCACAUCUCUGGUGCUGACCAUGCGCUACUCCCGCACUCUGCAAGGGGACGGGCCACGCUACCUGGCCUCCUCUGCGGUGGUCACUGCUGAACUGCUGAAGAUCCUUGCUUGCAUCGUGUUGGUCCUCAAAGAACACAGUUACAGUGUCCGUGCUCUGAACAGCGUGCUAAGGCAGGAGAUUGCACACAAACCCGUGGAGACCUUGAAGCUGGCCAUUCCCUCUGGAAUCUACACGCUACAGAACAACCUGCUCUAUGUCGCUCUCUCCAACCUGGAUGCAGCCACCUAUCAGGUGACGUACCAGCUGAAGAUCCUGACCACGGCCCUGUUCUCCGUGUCCAUGCUGGGCAGGAAGCUGGGGGUGUACCAGUGGCUGUCUCUGCUCAUCCUCAUGGGCGGGGUGGCACUCGUGCAGUGGCCGUCUGACUCCCCGUCCGCCCCAGAGAAGGAGGAGCAGACCGCGGGCUCUCAGGUGGUGGGGCUGGUGGCCGUGCUGGUGGCCUGCUGCUCCAGUGGCUUCGCCGGAGUCUACUUUGAGAAGAUCCUCAAGGAGAGCAAGCAGAGCGUCUGGGUUAGGAACAUCCAGCUGGGGAUGUUUGGCCUGGUGUUCGGUGUGAUUGGCAUGUUGAUGUAUGAUGGGGAUCGAGUGAGGGAGAAUGGAAUGUUCCAGGGCUACAACAGCCUCACCUGCGUUGUGGUCGCUCUUCAGGCUCUUGGUGGACUCGUAAUAGCUGCUGUAAUCAAAUAUGCGGACAACAUCCUGAAGGGCUUCGCCACAUCACUCUCCAUCAUCCUUUCCACACUUAUCUCCUACUUCUGGCUUGAAGACUUUGUGCCCACCAGCGUUUUCUUCAUGGGAGCAAUGCUAGUCAUAGUAGCCACCUUCCUCUAUGGCUAUGAGGGCAAGCCCUCCACAAACCCGAGUCGAGCGUGAGGGGGAAACCAAAGGACUCGCUCCAGAGGCGCUGAUUUAAAGGAGUGUGAGAGAAAGAAAAAGGUUUUUUUUGGAGGCAGGACUAUAUCAAAGGAGGCAUAUCUGCAGCAUAUCACCACACACAAGAGCGUUCCGUGGCCUUGUGUAGAGACGGUCAACCACACAAACUCCCCUUUGAAGAAGUCCAAGUUACAGAAGUUGGUGUCAAACACUAACCAAAGGACACUGAAGAUGGUCAGCCUGGCUCUUUCAUCAUUCAAGUCGUGCUCUCAACCCGCCCAACACGUUCCAGGGAAGCCACGACCCAAUGAUGUUUCUCUGAGAGAUUCUCCAGAUUUACUUAGAACCACCUCUCACACAUAUCUAAACUGCACAGGGAGAAAACGCCAUGAUCAGAUGCCAAACUUAAUGUGCUCACAAUUAUUUGUUUGUUUGUUUUUUUUAGGACUAGGGGGUAUACAAUGUUUUAAUGAGAAAUGUAAUUGAAGUUAAUCAGUGCUUGGGAGGGGAGCAAUGCAAAUAUUGAUUUGAGUGGAUUUUCAGAUUUUUGGGGGGGCCAGAUUAUGGAAUCAUAGAUCAAGCUUCGCCACAUGCAAAAAAAAUAGAAGCGACAACCAGGAUGAAUAAAGAAGUGUGUGAAUAAAAAGGUAAACCCUAAUACCCUAAAUACUACGGUCAAACUCAGAAACACUGUCAUCUUUCACACUCAUUGCAGAAGGCACCUCGUUGCAAGGGUAGCGUACGGGCAGGUCAAUUUCUGUUUCAUGUCGUGGUUACUGUUUUUUUUUAUGUUAAUUCGAAAUGGAAUGUACAUACUGUAAAUCAAGGCAGACAAAUAUAUUUGUACAGUGUUCACAGAAGCACUUGCAAUAAUGAAAA